AUGAUCGCUCGAAGUGCGCAGCAGCAUGAAGACAUCAGUUUGCGGCAUCUAGAGUUGGCAUUCAAGCAUUGGGCUUCGCUCCCUUCUGACACGAGGCGAGAUGCAUGGCAGCUCGAGAUUACUCGAGCAUUCGCCCGGGAGAUGGAAAAGCGCAAGUCAUUGGAUGACCAGCUAGCUCGGGUGCAACAAGAAGCAAAUCAACUUCGUGCCCAAGUAGAAAGAUUAGGCUCAUGUCAAUGGCCAAGGGAGUUCGCGCUCUUUCCUCCAGACACGUUACCACUACCUCGGGAUGUAGCCCGCGAUUUGGACACCAAAGAAAGCAAGAUCAGCCCCGAUUCAUCCCGCUGGGACUAUGAUAAUGUGGUAGCAAAGUGGAAGCGCGUGGUGAUGCACGACAAGAGCAUGGGCCGUGUUGGUGUGGGACACUCUAGUCCUGUCUUGGAUGAUUAUGGUACUGCGGAUAGCAAACGUGUCGGUGAUGACUCAGGAAGCAUGUCCAGGUCAAGAAUACUGCAACCCCCAGCAGGUAUGAGCCCGCCUGCCCCGUCACCAAUCCAGACAGGUGGGCCAUCUGCAUCUUCCAGCCAACAGACUUCUCCAUAUCUGCCACAUGAUGUCACCCGAAGUCCUAACGCAGGGCCUCAAGCCAAGCGCCCACGUCUAAUGAAUGGCCAUCAUUCAGGGGCCGCUCCUGAAGGAUCCAAUAGCCCGUCAACAAGUCAGACCGCUGGAACCUCUAAGCCCUGGAAUCCCCAGCAAUCCCUCACAGUUUCUAAUCUCACUGGGCCUUCGGGCCCUACCCCCCCACCAUCGUCCUCUGGCCCAUAA